GGCGUCCAUAACGAGCGUAUGAUAUUGACAUUUAACGCUGGGGAUGUCCAGGCUGGCUGUGGUGUUCGGGGGUUCGCGCGGCAUCGGGCGAGCAGUUUCUCAGCUGUUGGCACAGAGGGGUCACAGGAUUGUGCUGUUGUCUAGAAAUAAAGAGGGGGCACAGGCUACUGCUCAAUCCCUCCCUGGAGAAAACCAUUUGGGCCUAAGCUGCGACGUCUCAAAAGAAGAAGAGGUUCAGAAAGCAUUUGAGACCAUCAAUAAGACCUGUGGCACUGUAGCGUUCCUGGUCAAUGCGGCUGGCAUUAACAGAGAUGCACUGCUAUUGAGGAGUAAAUCUGAAGACAUGCUGUCUGUUUUGCACACUAACCUGCUGGGCUCCAUGCUCACAUGUAAGGCGGCUGUACGAAACAUGCUCAGUCACGGAGGAGCCGUUGUCAACAUUGGUUCAGUGGUGGGUGUGAAGGGUAACGCUGGUCAAUGUGUGUACAGUGCCAGUAAAGCUGGACUAGAGGGAUUCACUCGCUCACUGGCAAAGGAAGUGGCUUCCCGGAACAUACGAGUGAACUUGGUGGCUCCAGGAUUGAUUCACACAGACAUGACUGCAGGACUAGAGGAAGCAGCAGCGGUGAGGACCAUUCCAUUGGGCCGUUUUGGGGAACCUGCAGAAGUGGCCCAGGCUGUGCUUUUCCUCCUAGAGUCGCCUUAUAUCACAGGACAGAUUCUGCUGGUGGACGGAGGACUACAGCUACUGAUGUAAUGAUUCUAUGAGUCACUGAAGUAUUAAAGUGCAUAUUUUUGUUUUGGUGAUUAUACCUAAUAUCCCUAUUUAGGGAUAGAGUCAAAGCUGGAUAUUGUUAAUCUUCUUCUCAUCGCUCUGUGGAAUUCUGAGUCAUGUAAAACAUUGUGUAAGAGUAGUUUUGGACCAUCUGGAUUGGAUUAAUGUUAUUUUUAGUUCACUGGAGUUUUUGGGUUAUUGCUGCAUGUUCCAUACUUAAGAUAAUAGAGGUCACAGAUCAACCAGUGGAGGAUAUGACUCGUUUUGUGAUGUCAUUGCUAUUCUUAGCAUCCAUAUUUUAUUCAACUAUAACUGAUUUUAAAGUGGCCGGUUUGUGAAAGAUCAGAAAUAUACACAUUUUGUAAAAAUCAAGAAUGAAUUGUGUAAAAAAAAAAAAAAAGAUUCAAAGAUGAUUCCUUGGAUUUACAAUUUUUUUUUUACGUUAAAUGGUUGUAGACAAUUUAUUUGGGCUGCAUUUAAACAAACAAAUUAAGUUGAGGGCAUCAUGGUGACGCAGUGGGUAGCAUGAUCGCCUCACAGCAAAAAGGUUGCUGGUUCGAGCCCCGGCUGGAUCAGUUGGCAUUUCUGUGUGGAAUUUGCAUGGGUUUUCUCUGGGUGCUCUGGUUUCCCCCACAAGUCCAAAAACAUGUGGUACAGGUGAAUUAAAUAAACAAAAUUGGCCGUAAUGUAUGUGUGGGAAUGCAAUAGUGUAUAGGUGUUUCCCAUGUUGGGUUUCAGCUGGAAGGGCAUCCGCUGCGUAAAACAUAUGCAGGAUAAGUUGGCGGUUCAUUCCGCUGUGGCGACCCCUGAUUAAUAAAGGGACUAAACCAAAAAUGAAUGAAAAAUUGAGUAUUAUUAAAUUUAAUUUGUUUGUUUAAAUUCAACACAAAUAAAUAGUUUGCAACAGCUUUGCAGAUAAUUUUUUCAGUGUACAUUUUUAUCUCACUAUCCUAAGGAGGUCAGAACGUCACGAUUACAAAAUCUGAGUUUAAAACUGUAACUGUCACAACAAAAUAUGACAAGAUAAAUUGAGAACUACAAGAAACAUUCUGAAUUAA